CAAUGUUCAAACCAUUUCAAACUUUUAAGGACGAUAACUAUUUGGUAGAACUACAAAAAGAUAAAAAAGUUUGUUUUGGAACGUCCCAGGAAAGAUCCACUGAUCCCAUAGGAAACAAAUUGGCCCCUCACCAAAAACGAAAUGCCCCUGAAUUAAAUCCCAAAAUUCAGCCAGGAAGCUACUAUAAUGAGAAUGAUACUUUUAUUGGAAAAUUAGAAAAUAAGAUACGCAGUGUAAAAGGUGUAGGUUUUUUCGCUAGCAACUCAGAAAGGUUCCAAAGUAAAUUUCAAAGAACACCUUCGCCAACUAGAUACGAACUGAUGCCCAAACCGAAGAAAAAAAGGCAAAUAGCUGCCCCGUUCAACUCAAAAUCGAUCUACGACCUUAAAACAAACAACAAUCCAGGCCCAGGUACCUACAACCUCGAAAAAAUAUCUCAGUGCAGACGCAUCAAAUUUUUCUCGAAUUUUGGCCACCCGAAAAUGAUACCAUGCGUUCAAACAUACUGUCAGCCUACGCCUAGUGAUGUUUGCCAUAAGUGUAAAGAUGUCUGCACUAAAGAUUAUUGGCACAACAAUUUUGCAACCUUCUUGUGUCACUUAUGUUGGAUGGAGGAAAAAACGACCCAAGAAAUACAUACUUUGAAAGAACUUAAGGAGUUUAAAAAAAUAAGAGAUUGUUCAUAUGUUCAUUCACAUGAAGGCACAUCUGUAGCGAAUCGUAUUAUGACUAAAAGUAUGGUUCUGAAAAGACAGAGAUUGGAAAAUUAUUUGGAUCUGUACAUAUCUUGCUUUGAUUAA